AUGUUUGGUCUCCUCCAGCUGAUCGGAGUGUGGAUCAUCAGUGAGUGGAUGGGAGCUGGUCAACCCAAACAGCUGCAGUUGGUUGAGCUCGGACCCGGAAAAGGAUCGCUGGCGAGCGACAUCCUCAGAGUGUUCAGUCAGUUGCAGUCGGUGCUGGGCGGGGCCUCUGUGUCGCUGCACCUGGUCGAGGUGAGUCCGGCUCUGAGUGUGCUUCAGGCUCAGAAUCUGACAGGAAACCGCAGCCAGGAGGCAGACGCAGAAGAUGAUCUGGUUUACCGCCGCGGAGAAACUGAAGCAGGGCUACCGGUGUCGUGGUACCGCCGGUUAGAUGAUGUCCCAACAGGAUUUAGUGUCUUUGUCGCUCAUGAGUUCUUUGACGCCCUGCCAAUUCACAAAUUCCAGAGGACGGAGAAAGGCUGGAGGGAGGUGUUGGUGGACAUCGACCCAGAGAAGCCGGACACGCUGAGGUUUGUCGUGGCGCCGGCUCCGACCCUGGCCUCGACGUCGCUCGUGCAGGCAGAUGAAAAGCGGGAUCAUGUGGAAGUGUCUGCAGAGGGCGGGGUCAUUGUGCAGCAGCUGGCCCGGCGCAUCAUAGAGGACGGCGGUGCGGCGCUGAUCAUCGACUAUGGCCACAAUGGAACCAAGACGGACACGUUCAGAGGUUUUAAAGGUCACCAGCUUCAUGACGUCCUCGCCUCCCCUGGCUCUGCCGACCUCACCGCCGACGUGGAUUUCAACUAUCUGCGGAGGGUGGCGGGAGGAGGCGUGGCCUGUCUGGGCCCCGUCACUCAGAGGACGUUCCUGAAGAACAUGGGUAUUGACACCAGGAUGCAGGUUCUGAUAAGGAACUGCAGCGACCCGUCCACCAGGAAGCAGCUUAUCAGCAGCUACAACAUGCUGACCAACCCCGCCAAGAUGGGCGAGCGCUUCCAUUUCUUCAGCCUGCUGCACCCCAGUCGCCUUGCCAAACCCCAGAAACCAGAGGGGCUGAAGCUUGAGAAGAAGAAGAGCCCGGCACCGCUGCCUGUGGCCGGAUUCACUGAGCUCAAGUUCACCUGAAAGAGACGACUUUGAAAUUUUGGCUGCCGAGUCAGUAAUGAGUGUAAACAACUACACUGUCCCAAACUUCUUGAACUGACUGCACCACAAAGCAAACAAUAAAGAGAUUUACAGAGCUAAAAACGAGCAGACAGCUGCUUCAUCACUUCCUUUAAGCCUGUGUGAAAUCCAAAAUGGGUGAGUCAUUAAUUAGAUUCACUCCUGUAGAGUCAUUAUGAAGGAGGAAACUAUCCAAAAAGGCCAAAACUGUUAUUUUGUAGCUGUAAACAUGUUUGUUUCUGCUUAAAGUUGAACUUUUUAAUAUGGAAGUCUAUGGGGACUUUUGGAGACAGCCUCAAGUGGACAUUAGAGGAACUGCAGCUUUUGGCACUUUAACUUAGGGAGUGUGAGAGUUUGGACAUUACGAGAUGUCUGUUGGUUUAAAAGAUCAUGUUCUGAUGUGAUUUAAGGAAAACACAUUUUGUAGUUUU